AUGGCGUCGCCGGCAGACACCUUGACAUCGCUGAACUCUGCGCGCGACAUUGUGCUCAAAGACCACACAUUGUACCCUCAAGUAGUCCCUGGCAUCCUUCAAGUCAUUUCGCCAGGAAGCGCGCUUGAGCUACGGAGAUGGGGAGCAGACUUUCUGGCGGAGACGUUUGCGUCCCAGGCGGUGACGUCGGAGGAAAAGCAGCAGAUGUGCCAGGUCAUACUCGAUACCCUGAGAGGCUAUUUGACUCGGAAAGAGACGAUGGGCGAGGAAGAGGACACCAGCGUUGUGAAGAGUGCUGUACAGUGCGCUGCCAGCGUCUACCCAUACGUCUUUAGACACACUGUCAACAACCCCAGCGACAGUGAGACAUGGGGGAAGAUUGCGGGCAUCAAAAGCAGUAUUCUACGGAUGAUGGACAAUGUGGCGCCCGGAGUGAACACCUGCUGCAUAAAGUUCGUGGCCUGUGUGGUGCAAACACAGACUCCCGGCUUGAUUGCAGACCCCAGAAGGCCGGAGCAGAAUGAGAUCAGCCUGGCGCUGGUGCCUAGAGAUCACCCUGUUAUCCCUCCCGCCAACUUAGAAGCUGAGGCUUCGGGUCUGUUGGAUAGGUUGUUAGGUGUGCUCCAGGACAACAACGGAGAUGCUCUGACCAUCACCGCAACGCUCAAUUCUCUUGCCACGCUGGUUCAACGACGUGCAAGCGUCUCGAGCAAGAUCCUCACGACCGUGUUGAGCUUCAACCCGCUGAAGCUGGCCGGCAGACCGAUGAGUGGGAAGGAUAAGAUCGCUGUCAAGAGUAUGACACGGACGACCAUGUCUUUCCUUCUCAACUGCCUCAAGCGCAACCCCAACAAUGCCUUCGCUGGACGAAUACAGCAGCAGGUGGAACGUUUGAAGCAUAGCCUCAUCGAAGCGUUUUCAGAGUCUCACCAUCUUAAGAGGCCAGCACCUGACGAGCCCGUGGACGGUUUGGACGACGCUAAGCGGCAGAGACUGGAUGCAGAGGCCCUGAAUGGCACCACACCGUUGCAGCAGCGACCUCCUAGUCAUCCUCCUCUUCCACCAGGACCUGUGUCUCUUGCUCGGCUGUGGACUUUGACCAACGACCCACAGACAGCUGGCUUUCACGUCGAACGAUUACCUUCACAGGUGGUGACACAACUGAUUCCUGCGAUUGUGCAGUCGAUACCACAAACCAGAAUCGACGAGGCCAUCAACGUCAUUCGAUCACGGUGGCUAAAUCUUAGCAAGCAAGCGUCUACAUCAACGCUUGAUGCCGCAAGGGCAGCAGCAGGGGACGAUGAGGACGACGAGUACGACCCGUCGCUGUCAUUCGACGGAGACACAGACCAGGUACUUGACAGGCUUAAUCAAGUGCCACUACACGGAGCUGCGACUGAUAUCGCCAUUGGACCUUUCAGCCUUCCUCCGCCACCUCCAUUGACUGAGCAAGAACAUGACGACUACAGCAAGACGUCCUUGACUAGAGUCUUUGGCACCUUAGCAGAGCUUGAAAAGGAGGCUCGAGUGAAAGGCAAAUCGUCCCAGAUGGAACAUGGCUUCAAUCGCUUGAUCACAAUAUCUACAUCGGGUGAUGACAAGGAUGGCUGGCUCACGCUGGUGACACGCUUGGCAACACGAGCAACGUUUGAUUUGGAGGACAACGUCGGCGUGAAGAAAGAAGGCGAGGAUCGGAGAUCGUUGAAGAAGGGUAAUUCAUUCAGCCUGCCGACCGGCAUUCGAGAAGCCUUGUUGAACUACGUGAUGGAGAACUUCCGGGCUAGGAUCGGGAUUGCCAUCACAUGGCUAAACGAAGAAUGGUACUCGGAUCGGCUAUUAUUGAAGCAGAAACUGGAUGAAGGAAUCGAUGUGGAGCCUGAUGCGCUUCCGAACUACUGGCACUGGACCCUACGGCUCUUCGAUGCUAUGAUGCCCUACUUUGACGUCAAAGACGGCAGGGUGGUCAUCAGAUUCCUUUCCGAAAUUCCGGCGAUCAAUCGAGACGUGCUCAACAGAGUCAAGAAGAUUGCAGAAGAUCCAGAGAGAGUUGAGAUCAGUGCAAAGACACUGCUCUACCUCAUCAUGUUCCGACCCCCGAUUCGCGAUCUGGCCAUCGACUGCGCUGAGCAGAUGUGGAGGGAGAAUCAGGACGCAAAAACCGCAGCUACGAACAUUCUCAAGCGUUGGCGGCCGGCUGUGCUUAAGCAGGAAGGGGAGGCUGAGGUCAAAGCGGAGGCGUAG